AUGAAGCGAGUGGCGGCGGCACUGAGCAACUUAAAGGCAGCGAGCGGACGGGGCGGAGACAUCCUGCUGUCAACUCCCGGCCCCUCCGCCUCGCUGUGUUUCUCUGUCUUCAAAAAUCCUUCUAACAUUGGUAGUGGGGGAACUGCUAGAGUCACUUAUUACUCCACGGGCGGAGUGAAGAAGCCUCAUCGCUACAGACCCGGCACCGUGGCUCUGAGGGAGAUCCGGCGCUACCAGAAAUCCACCGAGUUGCUCAUCCGCAAACUGCCCUUCCAGCGCCUGGUGCGGGAGAUCGCUCAGGACUUCAAGACCGACCUGCGCUUCCAGAGCUCGGCCGCCAUGGCCCUGCAGGAGGCCAGCGAGGCUUACCUGGUGGGGCUCUUUGAGGACACCAACCUGUGCGCAAUCCACGCCAAGCGAGUCACCAUCAUGCCCAAAGACAUCCAGCUGGCCCGCCGCAUCCGCGGGGAGCGCGCCUAAACUCCACCUCUCCACCAACAACAAACGGCUCUUUUAAGAGCCACUAA